CUUCCAGUUCUGUUCCAGCUUUCGACUUUCGGUGACCAUUCGUUGUUCGGUUUGCGGAUUGCUAAAUAAGACUAAAUAAGUGAGACUUCCUAAUCGGUUGUUGUCUCAGUGUUUCUAUAUACAACCUUCAACGCGUUAUUUGCAAAUUUUAAUGACGUUUUAAGUGAAGUGACUUUGUUUAGAACUGAAGGGCGGCACUUUCACGGACAAAUCCCAUUUCAAGGUUUUGUUUUGUUCAUCUUUCCUUUUCGGGAAGACGAAUCACCAAGCAAAAAUUGAUUCGUUCGAUUGAAGCCGUGUAAUCAUGUAAACAAUUCUGGAAGCCAUCAGCAUCACCUCCGACGUCAGAUUCGUACGAUCUUAAAAAGUGUGGACUCGUAAGAGAGAAAGAAAAAAGAAGAAGCAGUGAAUCGUAUCUGGGAACGGACCCAUAAAAGUGGAAAGUUGGAAAAAAUUGAAAGAUUGUGUUCAAAGUUCGACGACGUUUUAGGUAGAAGGAAGUAAAAAAUCAGUACAACAAACAGUUAAAGGUUUUGUUUUGUUGGGGGUGAAUCAGAAUUCUUAUUUCUUCAGUGUCAAGUGCAAGUGUGCCUCUCUUCAAGUGUGUCAGCUGAGUAGAGGAAAGUCACGCUGUAGAGGAAAUUUUACGACCUUUCAACGGUUGAAAAUCGAGAUAAGAGUUGUCCCCACAUACAUACGGCAAAGUAAAGGCUUCAGCGAGAAGUGAUUGCUUGAAGAAACCUCGAUCCGGGGUUAAGCUUUAAAGGCGACCGUCAGUUUUAAGAGCUUCAGUGCAGGGAAAAGGUUCAAUUAGUGACUUUCGGGAGCUAAACCGAAUCGGGCAGUUUGGGUACAUUUAUGGCCGCAAAGAUGAAUCUUUCGUUCGCCGGAUGUGGCUUCCUGGGAAUCUAUCAUGUCGGGGUGGCCGUUGCCUUUAAGAAGUAUGCUCCCCAUUUGCUGCUGCAUCGGAUUAGUGGAGCUUCGGCUGGGGCUUUGGCGGCAUGUUGUUUGCUGUGCGAUAUGCCUCUAGGUGAAAUGACAUCGGAUUUCUUUCGGGUCGUUAACGAAGCCAGAAGCCAUUCGUUGGGACCGUUCAGUCCUCGGUUCAACAUCCAAACCUGUCUGCUGGAGGGACUACAGAAGUUCCUGCCACCGGAUGCACACGAGCGCGUUAACGGAAAGCUGCACAUCUCCCUGACCCGGGUGUACGACGGGAAGAAUGUGAUCGUGUCACAGUUUAAUAGCCGUGAAGAUUUGCUGCAGGCGCUGCUGUGUGCAUGCUUCAUUCCGGUAUUCUCCGGCAUUCUGCCGCCCCGUUUUCACGGGGUGCGCUACAUGGACGGUGCCUUCUCGGAUAACUUACCAACGUUGGACGAAAACACGGUUACCGUUAGCCCCUUCUGUGGCGAAUCGGACAUCUGUCCCCGGGACAACAGUUCCCAGAUGUUCCACGUCAACUGGGCCAACACCAGUAUCGAGCUCUCGAAGCAGAACAUCAAUCGCUUCGGACGGAUUUUGUUCCCACCGAAACCGGAAAUCCUGUCCUCUUUCUGUCAGCAGGGCUUCGACGAUGCGCUAAAUUUUCUGCACCGAAAUAAUCUUAUCAGUUGCACCAGAUGCCUAUCGGUGCAGUCUACUUUUUGCGUGUCCGAUCAACCCAAACAGCUACAGGAACAACUGCUGGAAGAAUACGACCCGGAAUGUAGCGAAUGUAAGGAAUGCACCAAACAUCGACAGAACGCCCUGGACGGAAGCAUGCCCGAUACGGUGCUGACAGUGUUCCAGGCGUACGUGGACCAGGCAAACAAGGGACUGCUCAAUUGGGUGUUUCGCCAUCGUGGUGCCAAACUGUUGAAGGCGCUUUCACUUCCGGCAACACUGCCAGCGGACAUCGUUUGUGCCACCUUGACCAAUGCCAACGGCACGGACGUUCAACGUCGUCAGUUCCAGUACAAAGUCCUCGGAAACAUUGUGUGUCCCUCUACUUCGAAAGCGAUCGAAGGUGGUCCGAUUAACCUGGGCUGUCAGCGAUGUUUGGCUCGGCGACAGAGAGCCUUGGCUGCUAGACAUGCUUCGACCUGUAACCAAACCGUCCGGGUUCAUCUGAACUCUCCCGGCGAUUACGAAGCGAUGGGUCCGAUUGUACGGGAACUCGAGUCCCGAUUCCAGCGACUAAUGGUAGCGACCCCCACGAUCGGCAGCCAGCUGUGGUCCGUGAGUAAGUUCGCGCUGCGAACUUUCAACACAAUCCUGGUCAAGGUGCGGCGACGGCAACAGAUUGCUGCCAACGUCCAGUGCCAGAUAGCGUACACCGAGUACUCGGCCGACGGAAGUCAGCUGGUGGCGAAGCAAACGAGACGACUCAGCCAACGAUAUGGAUCCCUGUUGGAUGUGCGGGUGGAUCAGGAGGGCGAACUGGUAGCGGUCACGACCGGAGGCAAUCACAGUUUCCACAACGAAUUGGAACCGUCCUCGGGACAGCAGGGCCGAGACCAUCCGGACGGAGUCAAUGAGGAUCACCCGGACUACGACACAUUCGACCAUAUUCUGCAGGCCACCUCGCACAACGAUGCGAUGUAUGCGUACUACUACAUGGAUGAAAACAAUAAGGUCAAGGUGACGGAAAUUUUCGACAUGACCGAUGACGAUAGCCCGGCACUACACACGACACACGAGCGGGAUCUGAAUCAGCAGCUGGACUUCGACAGCGAGUGGGAAACAACACAGCCAGAUUUCCUCUACACCGACCCGUACGGUGGAAACAAUAUGAUCGACCUGGACGAGCUGAUUGAUCCGUGCCUAUACCUGAAUAGCAGUAGCAACGGCGCCAAUAGCAACAACCAUCACCACUACCACCAGAACCAUCACUAUCAUCACCAACACCAGCAGCAACCAAUGCAGCCUCAGUGGCAGUGUUCCCAGAUUCAGAUCGAAGAGUUGCCUAGCGACGAAACGUAUCUGCAACCGGAAGCGGACCAAGCGCAGCAGGCUUUGAUUUCUGAGGCAGCCGCGCUGCUUCUGAGCAAACCUCCGGCUCACUCCUCCGAAUAUACGGUCAUGGACAUGUGAAUGAGAGAUCUAGCCGCAACCUACUGUGAUUGCCACCGAACUGAUAUUAUAUCUUAUUCCGGAAAUCGAAGAGUUACCAUUUUAACCAAAAACAAGGAGAAAAAACAAAAAAAGUGUGAACGAAUAGCGAAUGCGAGUUUGAUUGAGAUUUGUACACCCUGGUUCGAUUUUGCAUGUGAGCAUGAUCGACAAAUGACAACUAUGUGUUCUUAUACAGCAGUAGCUAUCAAACCUCACUGAAGUAGAGGUGAAACUAGCAUUCGAAGAUAGGCAGGAACCUAGAAUCAAAGCUUCCGAAGAAAGUUUUCUAUUCAACCGAUGUGCAACCUUAUUAGUGAAAGCAAGUUUUAUGUUGUUGUUUCAACGGAAUACUAUCCAUAUGACAAUUUUGUGCUCUACCUUUUUCUUAAUUUUAGCCAAGUCAACAGUUUUAUUCGUAUUUUGUUUUAGCCAACUUAAUGUGAUGAUUUUAUAUCGUAAAUAAAUAGCAUACCAGCUAUCGAAAUAGAAUAUAGAAAUCAUAUACCUACACUUCCAAACGGCUGUGCAAUAAAAGAUUUUAUCAGCAGAGCCAUGGAACUUGUAACCUGAGCCAUUAAUAGAAACAUAAAUUAAAACAGAAACCAUAUUCAGAGGCUUCACAGUUAACUAAAUAGCAGCUUUCAGUGCAUCGGAAAAGCAGGUUUGUUUUCCGAAACAUGGUGCCAGUUUUAUGCGAAACACAAAAACAUUAGUUGUAUGUAGAAUAAUCUGGAAAAAAACGGCCGAUGAUUCGAGCAGAACUCGCAUCGCUACUGUAACACUUUGUUCAACAAUGUGACAAAGUCUAAAAGGUUUUGUAUGAUUUUUUACUUUUAUGUUCCAAUAUCAAGGUUACCUACCUACUAUAUUUACAUAUGUAUGUAGCAUGAUGUAACGAACACGUGGAUAUAACUGUAGUAACUAAAGCUCUUAUAUUUUUGUCCUAUAUUUAUAUAUUUUAUUUAACAAUAAAUACUGAAA